AUGCUUUCCGACAUCCUAACUGUACAAACUUCAGCCUCGAUAUUUUAUUCCUAUGCGCGGGAAACACAUGUUGGAGAACUAUUGAAACGUGAAGAUGCGCGAAUUACAGUGUUUGCUCCGACGAAUAAGGCGGUUAUAGCGCUACCUCGCAAGCCCCACCAAGGACCUGCCCCCGUAGAUGAUGGAAUUGUUAUUUCUGAAGAAGAGUUUGAUGCACGUUCGCGGGAGAAUGUCGAACGAUGGAUUAGUGCACAUAUAGUACCACAAACCAUCACAAGCCUCUCUCCAUCUUCAAAGCACGAAACACUGCUGGAGGGUAUUACCGUCACAGUCAGCGCGAAAUCCGAUGCGGCUGACUCUGAUAAGCCUGACUGGCAACAAGUCGUCCUCAAUGAUAAGAUUUCGGUGGUGGGCAAACACGAGGCUGCCAACGGCGUAUUAUAUCUUGUUGACGGAGCAUUCUAUGGCUGA